GGGAGGAGACACUCUCGUCGAAUGGGAAUGAGUUCUCGCGAGAUUUCGGUGAGUUGAGUAAAUGCCACGUCUUACCAGCAGAAACAUCAACGCAGAGAGAAAUAUCAGAGGUUUCCUAACACUACAGCACACAGGACAGAGAGACAUCCAGGGAACAGACAGGUACUGACCCCUCACAUUCACUUACGACAUCAUGGGCUGUUUACGUCUGCUGGUGCUCACAUCUGCACUACUCCUGUUAGCCUCCCACCCAUCAACCGGUCACAGCCACUCCCACGGGGACCACGGACACGCCCACUCCCACGGCCACCACGACCACGGCCACCAUCAUCACGGACACGCCCAUUCCCACGGCGGAGACGAUGAGAGGAUGUUCCACGGGGCGAGCAAGUGGAGCGCUGAGGCGAACCUGCCGUUGGAGGAAGAGGAGGAGCAUCACGGACACGCCCACUCUCACGAUCACGGACACGCCCACUCUCACGAUCACGGACACGCUCAUCAGGAUGAUUUCAUCCGAGUGAAAAGAGAGGAGAGUGUUCACGAGCACUCGCACGGAGAAGAGAAGGUGAAGAGGGACACGCUGCAGCUGUGGAUGCAGGCUAUCGGAGCGACCCUGCUGAUCAGCGCGGCGCCUUUCCUCAUCCUGUUUCUGAUCCCCGUUCAGUCCAACAGCGACCAGCACCAGAACCUGCUCAAGGUGCUGCUCAGCUUCGCGUCAGGCGGACUGCUGGGGGACGCCUUCCUGCACCUCAUACCUCACGCUCUGGAGCCGCACUCUCACCAUGAAGAGGAGCACGGACACUCACAUGAGAGUGAGGAGUCACAUGACCACGGACACUCUCACGGAGCCGCCCACGGUCACAUGAUGUCAGUGGGUCUGUGGGUGCUCGGCGGGAUCAUCGCCUUCCUGGUUGUAGAGAAGUUUGUGCGUCUGGUGAAGGGAGGACACGGACACUCACACGGACACUCACACGAUGCUCCUAAAGCGAAGGACAGCGACGGAGAAGAAGAAAAGGAAGAGAAGAAAGAAAGCAAAGAUGAGAAGGAGCCAAAGAAGGAGGAGCAGAGCACAGACAUCAAGGUGUCGGGUUACCUGAACCUGGCAGCUGACUUCACACAUAAUUUCACCGACGGCCUCGCCAUCGGAGCGUCGUUCCUGGUUAGUCCAGCAGUCGGCACCGUCACCACCCUGACCAUCCUUCUGCACGAGGUCCCACACGAGAUCGGAGACUUCGCCAUCCUGGUCCAGUCCGGCUGCACCAAAAAGAAGGCGAUGUGUCUGCAGCUGCUCACAGCCCUGGGAGCGCUCGCCGGCACAGCUUGCUCCUUAUUGGCCGAGGGCGUCGGUGCCGCAGCGACCGCCUGGAUCCUCCCGUUCACCGCCGGCGGGUUCGUUUACAUCGCGACGGUGACCGUGCUCCCGGAACUGUUGGCGGGCCGCUCCAGCUUCGGACAGUCUCUGAUGGAGAUCCUGGCCCUGCUGUUCGGAGUCAGCAUGAUGGUGCUGAUCGCCGAGUACGAGUGAGACGCAGCGGAGCGGGGAAGAAGAAGCUGCUCUUAAAAUCAGACGAGGAAGGGAGAAAGGUUAAAGGUCAGAGACGGUUGUUCAGGGUUCAGCUGGAUGAAAUAGUCCGGGGUGUGCUCUCUUGUUUUUUUUUAUUAUUGAUUGUGUUUCAGGACGAACACCACCUACAAAAGGAUAUAUUUGUUGUCUUGUGUUUUUUUUUAGCGGCACACUUCAUUUGUAUUUGUUUGUUUAUCAGCUCCUAAAAACGACUCAGCAGGAGAGACUGGACAGAAACAACCUGUGGGUAACGUUUUUUGAGGACUGCCGUGUCGUUUCCUGGACGGGACAGGGGAUGACAUCUUUCACUAAUUCUGCUCCAAAAAAAUUCACUCUCCCUCCGCUUCUGCUGGAGGAUCUUUCUGCUUCGUGUCACUGCAGCUUUAAACAGAGAGCCUGUCCCAUCACAAGACAGGCUCCACUGCGUAUUUCUGAUCGCUUCGUCCGAUGCUGGCUCUUUAAAAAACGACAUUUCAGAGCGGUUACGGUGCAAGAGCAGGGAAGACGUCAAGGUUUCCUCCUGUUCAGUUUGAUUUCUCUCAGGUGAAGCGCAGAUGAUUUUAAACCUCGGCCCUGUCUAGUCUUUACAUAAUGAGGCUGAAUAGUUGGACGUGCUUUCAGCCCGCAGCGCUGAAACAAGCUUUAGAUGCUGCAACUUAAUCGUUCCGUGCAAACAUUCCAGACUCAAGUCCAUGACUUUAUCUCUUCCAGUCUCACGUUAUCCAAACUUCGUAGAGGAUCCUGAAACCAGAAACAGCCAGAACACUGCUUUCCUCCAAACCUCCAGACUCCCUCCAUGAAACCUGUUUUUAAAAAAAGGGAAAGUUCUCUGACAGGAAGGUCUUUUCUGCAAGAGUCUGUCUGCUAAUGUCCUUAGACAUCAUUUGAGAAUGUCGGCGGCAAAACAUACACAUUUAUGUAUCAAACAGCAUUUGAUCCGAUAACAUUCCCCUUCAUGGAUUCGCCAUAACGGUUCUUCAAUUACGCCAAUUUUUCUACCUGAUUACAUUCACACACGUAGACAAACAGGGCCCUGGUUUAAAAACACUGUGCUUCCUCUCACGUCUGUUUGUUUUGGAGAAAAAUAAUGAAUGUUAGUAUUUUUACAAUCCACAGAAUAAAAGUUAAUGUUGUGGCCUCUAAAGAUGUGUCAGAAACGGCA